GGCACAGAGACCACUUGCUUUAGGUCGACAUUUAGCUGGAUCGCCCGCACGCGUUCGACAAGCGCGGCGGUGCACAGCUGAGAUUCACGCUUCACUGAGCAGUACACAUUCCCCCCUCCCCUCUUUGCCUUUCAUUUCUCCUCUGCUUAUUUGAAGUGGACCCGUGCACUCCACCACUGAAGUCCUCCGUGACAGGAGAGCGUACCGGAAGUCCCUCCCACACGCACACACGCAGACUAAUAAGCCCAGCCCCCUUCUUUUAUUUGCCGGACGAUAUCGCUGCAGCAUCCAGGCUUUGUUCAUUUCCAUUUAGCCUUCUUCUUUUUUUCAUCGCCAUCAUCGUCGUUCGUGCGCUCCAACCGACAUGCAAUGGAGAGGCACUAUCGUGUAUUAGAGCUCAGCAGGGGCGCGGCGACGGAGGCGGAGGUCAAGCGAGCCUACCGCAAGAAGGCCCUCCUUCUCCACCCCGACCGCAACCCAAACGGAGGGGAGGCCUUUAAGGCCUUGCAGGACGCCUACGAGGCUGCGCUGCUAGAUGUGAAGCGUGGUGGUGGUGGUUAUGGAAGGGAUGAACGCGGCCCCGCAGGACCUUCACCGUCCUACGGCUUCUCUACCGCUGCGGGUGCCGCCUACCGCUACGCACGCGCGUCUGCCCCGUCACACAGUACGGCCCAAGACAACAAAGGCGGUCCGACGUCAUCGUCUUCGCCGCACUUCUUUUCUGAGGAGGAGUUGUUUGGCGAUGCGAUUCCCGGCGGCUGGCGGGACGUUGGAGCGCAGCAGCGGCCGGCCUAUCCGAACCGCAGCAGCGGCGGCGGUCAUUGGAAUAGCAAUGAUACCGCUCCGUCGUCGUCGUCGUCGAAUGCAGCGGAGACGCACUGGCGGCGCGCGCAUGGCAGCCGCGUGCCCGUCAGCGCCUACGAAGGCGGCUGUCCGGUGCCACCGCCUCCCCGUUCGAGUGCCACUCCCUCGUCCUUCCGAUCCGGGCCGUCUACGGGAAACACCAACGGUGCAGCAUCCACCACUGCCUCCACCGCUGCUACUGCUGCCUCAGCGACGUCAUCAUCGGCAUCUUCCAAGUAUACACCACCUCAGCAGCAGCAGCAGCAGCAGUCGGCCUCGUCGACACAGGCACAGUGGGAGGCCUUUCUCGCUCAGGAGCACCCCUGGCGGGCGUCCUCGCCCACGCACGACGCGAGCGCCGAGGAGCGCGCCUAUCGGGAGGCAAUGUUUCUCCACCGGCGUGUGCAGGAGCUGAAUCGAAAGGAUCAGACGACGCAGAACACGGCGUCUCCUCCUCCCGGCGGUGGCGCAUUCUCCUCUUCUUCUACGGAAAGGCCACACAACGUCACUUCGGACAUUCAUAAGAAGGAGGAGCUAUACCGGCAAUGGCAAGAUGUUCAAGCCUCACUGCACCGCAAGCUGUCAGGACAGGACCUGACCUCAGCGCACGCAGCACACGAAACGGCAAAGAACGAUGCCAACAACAAGGAAGAAAGCGGAGACGAGCACAGGGAAACUGGCAACCGCAAGCAGCAUCAGCAGGAGCAGGAGCAGCGUUCGGAUGGUGCAGCAGCGGCGCACGCACCACCCCCACCCGCCUUUCACAUGCCUCCCUUUCCGCGGCACGACAACGCGCACCGCGAGGCGCUCCUCAGCGAGCGUCGCCUGCUGCAGCGGGAGUACCUGCGCUACCGCUACACCCCCGCUCCGGCGGAUGUAGGAGAGAUGUCCGACAUGGAGGUGUACCUCCUCGCCGAGCUUUUGGGCGAGGUGCAGGCGAAGGUGCGGGCGGUGCUCACGGCACGCCUGACGAAGGGGCCGUGCAGCGCGUGCGGCGCGCAGUCCCGCGAUGCAUCGCAGCGGCACUUUACCUGCGCCCACGCGAGCAUCUGUGCGGCGUGCUACGCAUCGGGUGUGCUGUCGUGUCCACUUUGUGGAGCCGCGCGGGCAGCCACGGCCGACGCGAAGAGCGACAAUCCAGCAGGGAAAGAUGACGCGUGA